AUGAGGGUGGAGUUGGUGGGGAAGGUCUGCUACCUGUGCCACAGCCUCUUGACACUGGCUGGGGUGGUAGUCAGCAGCCAGGACAUUUCUCCAGACCAAUGGGGUGAGCUGCAGCUGCUGUGCAUGCAGUUGGACCGCCACAUCAGCACCCACAUCCGGGAGAGCCCUCAGGCCAUGCACCGAACCAAACUCAAGGACCUGGCCACCCAAACCUAUAUCCGUUGGCAGGAGCUAUUGGCCCACUGCCAGCCCCAGGCCCAGUACUUCAGCCCCUGGAAAGGCAUGUAA